AAACCAUCCAUCUAUUAUUAAGAUUUCAAAAGUAGUGGUCACUUGAGUAAAAAAAAAAAAAACUCUAGCUAGAGAGAAAACAGAGAAAUCAACAAUGGAGAUGGCUCCAUGGGUUCGAGUUUUAAUAGUGGUGGCUUGUCUAUUUCCGGCAUCGGUCGAGUGCAUGGUUCGACACUAUAAGUUUGACGUGGUGAGGAAGAACAGCACAAAAUUAUGCUCCACCAAACCCAUUGUCACGGUGAAUGGACGGUUCCCAGGUCCGACUAUAUAUGCAAGAGAGGAGGACACCGUUUUGAUCAAGGUGGUCAACCACGUCAAAUACAAUCUCAGUAUCCAUUGGCACGGGAUUAGGCAAAUUAGAACUGGGUGGGCAGAUGGGCCUGCCUAUAUUACACAAUGCCCAAUUCAGCCUGGACAACAAUAUGUGUACAACUUUACUCUCACUGGCCAAAGGGGCACUCUUUGGUGGCACGCACACAUUCUCUGGCUCAGGGCCACUGUCCAUGGGGCCAUAGUCAUCCUACCCAAGCGCGGUGUCCCGUAUCCAUUUCCCGCACCUCAUCAAGAAAAAGUUAUUAUUUUAGCUGAGUGGUGGAAAUCAGAUGUGGAAGCAGUCAUUAACGAGGCACUAAAAUCUGGUUCGGCUCCAAAUGUUUCUGAUGCUCAUAUAAUAAAUGGCCACCCAGGCCCUGUAUCAAGUUGCUCCUCACAAGGAGGGUUUACUUUACCAGUAGAAGGCGACAAAACAUACCUACUAAGAAUCGUCAACGCUGCACUCAAUGAAGAGUUAUUUUUCAAGAUCGCUGGUCACCAAGUCACGGUUGUAGAAGUCGAUGCCGUGUACACUAAGCCCUUCAAAACUGAUACCAUCGUCAUAGCCCCUGGUCAAACAACAAAUGUUCUCCUCCACGCCAACCAAAAAGCUGGCAAGUAUCUAGUCGCCGCCUCCCCAUUCAUGGAUGCUCCUAUUGCUGUCGAUAAUAAGACUGCCAUCGCCACAUUGCACUACUCUGGAACCUUAUCUAGCUCUCCCACCAUCCUCACCUCCACACCUCCAAAAAAUGCCACGUCCACUGCAAAUAACUUCACCAAAUCUCUUCGAAGCCUUAAUUCUAAGAAAUACCCUGCUAGGGUUCCACUUAAGAUCGACCAUUCUUUGUUAUUUACCGUUGGACUCGGAAUCAAUCCUUGCUCCACUUGUGUCAAUGGCACUCGAGUGGUUGCCGAUAUCAACAAUGUCACGUUUGUUAUGCCCCAAACUGCUCUCCUUCAAGCUCAUUUCUUCAAUAUUAGUGGAGUUUUUACUGAUGACUUCCCUGGAAAACCGCCAGUGGCUUAUAAUUUCACCGGAAAGCAGCCGAAUAACUUAGCAACCACGAAAGGAACAAGGCUUUAUAGACUUGCUUAUAAUUCUACAGUUCAGCUGGUUUUGCAGGAUACUGGGAUGCUAACCCCUGAAAACCAUCCCAUUCAUUUGCAUGGCUUUAAUUUCUUCGAAGUUGGGAGGGGAUUAGGGAAUUUCAACAGCAAAAGAGAUCCAAAGAAGUUCAAUCUAGUUGACCCGGUUGAGAGGAAUACUGUGGGUGUACCUUCUGGUGGAUGGGUUGCUAUUAGAUUCAAAGCUGAUAAUCCUGGUGUGUGGUUUAUGCAUUGUCAUUUGGAAGUACACACGACAUGGGGACUAAAGAUGGCCUUUGUGGUGGACAAUGGAAAAGGGCCUAAUGAAUCUGUUAUACCACCUCCAAGAGAUCUUCCCAAGUGUUAGGCGGCGGAUUAAAUGUUCUUAUCAAAAAUAUGAGAAUUAAAUUUUGAUAAUAUCAACAUUCAACAUAUGAUUUAAAGUAAAAAGAAAUUAAAGAAAGAAAGAAAGAUAGUUCUUUUGAGCUUGCAAAACAAUUAGCAGCUCAUAUUUGAAUAACAAAGCAAUAAUUAAUAUUGCCACAUUCUUUAUAUUCUUUUUCUUUUUGGGAAAUAUUUAUAUUGAAUGUAUUGUUAAGUCAAGUAAUAAAGAAAAAUAUGUAUUCUUUUGUUGGCAGAAUAUUCA